AUGCUGAGGUUUUAAUUUACAUCUGGAUAGCGACACUCGUACGUUCGACUCCUUUUUGAAUAUUCCUUAGUUAUAAUAACAUCAUAUAUUAGUAAACUACUGAGUCCAAUGGAUAAGACACAUCAAGGGAAAGAAUCGAAGCAUAAAGUAUUCGUCUCAACAGCCAUAGACGGAUCGAUCAAGUCGAAUUGGAAGGCAGGACUUCUAAUUCUGUUCAUCGUGGCUACUUGUUUUGGUCUAAUAUUUGCACUAACAUCACGAACUAAAAAAUCUCUCAAAAUCGGAGAUGCACCAACACUAGCGACAAGUUUUAACUGCCGUCACAGCUGUAGCGACCAUGCAGUGUGUGACAACACUGUGGGUUCCUAUAAAUGCAGUUGUUUGAAUGGAUUUGUGGGAGAAGGACAGUCUUGUUACGACAUUAAUGAAUGCAAAACUAAUGCUCACAACUGUAGUUUUCAUGCAUCAUGCAAUAACACUGUCGGCUCCUACAUAUGCAGUUGUCUGGUAGGAUUCCAAGGUGAUGGACGGUCUUGUCAUGAUAUCGACGAAUGCAAGACUAACGCACACGAUUGCAGUGUUCAUGCAUCCUGUAAUAACACUGUUGGCUCCUACAUGUGCAGUUGUCUGGAAGGAUUCCAAGGCGAUGGACGGUCUUGUCAUGAUAUCGACGAAUGCAAGACCAACACACACACUUGUAGUGUUUAUGCAUCCUGCAAUAACACCGUCAGCUCUUACAUGUGCAAGUGUCUGGAAGGAUUCCAAGGCGAUGGACGGUCUUGUCAUGAUAUCGACGAAUGCAAGAAUAACACACAUACAUGCAGUGUUCAUGCAUCUUGCAAUAACACUGUCGGCUCCUACAUGUGCAGUUGUCUGGUAGGAUUCCAAGGCGAUGGACGGUCUUGUCUUGACAUUGACGAGUGCAAGACUAACAUACACACCUGCAGUAUUCAGGCAUCCUGCAAUAACACUGUCGGCUCCUACAUGUGCAGUUGUCUGGAAGGAUUCCAAGGCGAUGGACAGUCUUGUCAUGAUAUCAACGAGUGCAAGACUAACACACACGAUUGCAGCGUUCAUGCAUCCUGCAAUAACACUGUUGGCUCCUACAUGUGCACUUGUCUGGAGGGAUUCCAAGGCGAUGGACGGUCUUGCCAUGAUAUCGACGAAUGCACGACUAACACACACACUUGUAGUGUUUAUGCAUCCUGCAAUAACACCGUCAGCUCUUACAUGUGCAGUUGUCUGGAAGGAUUCCAAGGCGAUGGACGGUCUUGUCAUGAUAUCGACGAAUGCAAGAAUAACACACAUACAUGCAGUGUUCAUGCAUCUUGCAAUAACACUGUCGGCUCCUACAUGUGCAGUUGUCUGGUAGGAUUCCAAGGUGAUGGACGGUCUUGUCUUGACAUUGACGAGUGCAAGACUAACAUACACACCUGCAGUAUUCAGGCAUCCUGCAAUAACACUGUCGGCUCCUACAUGUGCAGUUGUCUGGAAGGAUUCCAAGGCGAUGGACGGUCUUGUCAUGAUAUCGACGAAUGCAAGAAUAAUACACACACAUGCAGUGUUCAUGCAUCCUGCAAUAACACUGUCGGCUCCUACAUGUGCAGUUGUCUGGUAGGAUUCCAAGGCGAUGGACGGUCUUGCAAUGACAUUGACGAGUGCAAGACUUACAAGCACACUUGUAGUGUUUAUGCAUCCUGCAAUAAUACCGUCGGUUCCUACAUGUGUAGUUGCCUCGAAGGAUUCCAAGGCGAUGGACGGUCUUGUCUUGACAUCGACGAAUGCAAGAAUUACACAUACGAUUGCAGUGUUUAUGCAUCCUGCAAUAACACUGUCGGCUCUUACAGUUGCAAGUGUCACAAAGGAUUUCUGGGGGAUGGACGGUCCUGUGAUGAUAUUGAUGAAUGUCAUACCAAUAAACACAAUUGUAGUGAUCAUGCAUUUUGCACUAACAUUAUUGGCUCUUACGAGUGCACUUGUCGACAAGGAUUCGUAGGGGACGGACUGUCAUGUCAUGACAUUGAUGAAUGUGGCGAUGGAACUCACAAGUGUGAUAGGAAUGCAGAAUGCAAAAACAUUAUGGGCUCUCAUGAAUGCGUGUGUCGUUCUGGGUUUUCCGGCGAUGGUUAUGUGUGUCAAGAUGUUGAUGAGUGCAGCGACGGAAGUCAUCUUUGCAGCCUUCACUCCAGGUGUGUAAACAUCCCAGGAUCGCACAGCUGUAUAUGUAAGGACGGGUAUCGCGGAAAAGGACAGUCAUGCAACGAUAUCAACGAGUGCAAAGAAGGGACAGCCGAAUGCAGUUCGAAAGCAAGUUGUACGAACACACCUGGUUCUUUUAGCUGUAAGUGCAUUGCGGGAUACCGAGGCGACGGGAAAAAUUGCCACGAUAAAGACGAAUGCAGUAGUGGUCAGCAUUGUUCCAGGAAUGCAGACUGCAGAAACACCGAUGGCUCUUAUACAUGCAGUUGCAAUUCCGGCUUCUAUGGUAAUGGUUUUUUGUGUUUUGAUGUGGAUGAGUGCAAAGAGGGUAUUCAUUGUUGUCAUGCAAAAGCUCAGUGCUCGAAUACCUGGGGAUCAUACAGUUGUUCCUGUAAGAAAGGAUAUCAUGGAAAUGGCAGGCAGUGUAAGGCUUCUUCUGCUGGACGCCCCAGCCACUCAUCGCAAUUUUUCUAUUUGGCACUUUUAUCGCUUUUGCGUUAUAAUUACUUUGUAAAUACACCAACACCAGCGACAAGUUCUAACUGCUGUUCUAACUGUGAUGGAAACGCCACAUGCAAAACAAAUCCAAAAGAUAAGACUCAUUUCAACUGUGUUUGUAAUAGUGGCUUCCAAGGAGAUGGAUUCUCGUGUAAGGACGUUGAUGAAUGUAAAAGAAAUUCUUCCACAUGCAGUCAGCAUGCAUUUUGUAUAAAUUCCAUUGGCUCGUACGAUUGCCGCUGUUUGACAGGAUUCCACGGCAAAGGUUACUCCUGCGAGGAUAUCGAUGAGUGUCAGAGCAAAAUCCACAACUGUGGCGACCAUGCCGUGUGUGACAACAUUGUAGGUUCCUAUAAAUGCAGUUGUUUCGAUGGAUUUGCGGGCAACGGACGGUCUUGUUACGACAUUAAUGAAUGCAAAACUAAUGCUCACAAUUGUAGUGUUCAUGCAUCAUGCAAUAACACUGUUGGCUCCUACAUGUGCAGUUGCCUGGAAGGAUUCCAAGGCGAUGGAUGGUCUUGUCAGGACAUCGACGAAUGCAAGACUAACACACUCGAUUGCAGUGUCUUUGCAUCCUGCAAUAACACUGUCGGCUCUUACAGUUGUGAGUGUCACAAAGGAUUUCUGGGGGAUGGACGAUCCUGUCAGGAUAUUAAUGAAUGCCAUACCAAUAAAAACAAUUGUAGUGAUCACGCAAUUUGCAAUAACACCAUCGGCUCCUACACAUGCACUUGUCAACAGGGAUUCAUAGGGGAUGGACAGUCAUGUCAUGACAUUGAUGAAUGUGCUGAUGGAACUCACAAGUGUGAUAGGAAUGCAGAAUGCAAAAACACUAUGGGCUCUCAUGAAUGUGUGUGCCUUUCUGGGUUUUCCGGCGAUGGUUAUGUGUGUCAAGAUGUUGAUGAGUGCAGCGACAGAAGUCAUCUUUGCAGCCCUCACUCCAGGUGUGUAAACAUCCCAGGAUCGCACCGCUGCAUAUGUAAUGACGGGUAUCGUGGAAAUGGACAGUCAUGCAGUGAUAUUGAUGAGUGCAAGGAAGGGACAGCCCAAUGCAGUUUUAGAGCAAGUUGCACAAAUACCCCUGGUUCUUUCAGCUGUAAGUGCAUUGCGGGAUACCAAGGUGAUGGGAAAAAUUGCCACGAUGAAGAUGAGUGCCUUAGUCGUCAGCAUUGUGAUUUGAAUGCAGAUUGCAGAAACACCGAUGGCUCUUAUACAUGCAGUUGCAAUUCUGGCUUCCAUGGUGAUGGUUUUUCGUGUCAUGAUGUGGAUGAGUGCAGAGGGGGUAUCCAUGAUUGUCAUGCAAAAGCUAAAUGCAGGAAUACCUGGGGAUCAUACAGUUGCUCCUGUAUUAAAGGAUAUCAUGGAAAUGGCAGGCAGUGUAAGGUUUCUUCUGCUGGACGACCUCACCCACUCAUUGGAAUUUUUCUACUUGGCACUUUUAUCGCUUUUAUGUUAUAAUUACUUUGUAAGUACAUAAAGAAGAAAUAAGUUGAUGCAUGGAAGCUACCUUUACAGUUUCCUUCAACACCAUUCCAUAAAGGGUUUGUAAUGCAUUGUAGCAUACAGACUUCAAACAUUGUAACUUAGUCCCUUAAUCCUCUGUUGCUGAAGGUUUUCAGAUAAAGUUACAGAAAAGUUAAAGAAGAUUUAAAUAUCCAUUGAAAAUUAAAAUAUUUUAAUUUUAAUGUAAUUUAUAAUUUUAGUUUAUUAGCUUUGCCAACACUACAUGCGAUGUAGAACAUGGGUAAAUUACAAUAACAAUAAUGGGCAGGCAACCAUAACAGCGAUAGCCAAUUACUGUAGUCCCAGGAGUAUUAAAAGAAUAAAACAAUUACAUCAAUAAUUAAUAUUUAAGAACAGCAUGGAGUUGGUGUUGUUUUCAGGCUGUGACAUGAAUUACAUUUUGUGCAGAUAGUUUUAUAAAUUCUGGGACUGUAGAUAGAUCUCUUGGAGUGCAGUUGAAUAAUAACACAUCAAAGCAUGUUUGAAGUCAUUUACAUUUUUUAUACUUAGGUUAAGCUUAUCUGACAGAGUGUUCUAGAUUCCUAUUGUUCAUACAAUAAAUGGCUGUUGAACGAUUGAAGUCUUGCAUUUUCUUGAAGGUACAGACUAUUUAGUAACAGCUGUAUUGGCAGACGAUUGUAUGUCUUGUAGAAUGAGUGAUAGGAACAACUGUAGGAUCUAUAUCCACCAGACCAUGGGUAAUCUUAAAGAACAGUAACAUAUCUAAGUACUCAUGCCAGUAGCUGAUAGGUAGUAAGGAAAGGGUUUUUAGCUGUUGUUCACAACUCUGACAGCAGGAGAAUGGUAGUUUCAAGAUACAUUUUGUGACCCAUCUCUGUAUCUUUUCUAGACUUGAGAUAAGAUAAAAUAUUUUGGUAAAAUAAAUUGUAUUUUGGCACUUAAACUUGUAUAGUAUAGCCCAGAUGUAGUCUAACAAUGGUUAAAUAGAUUGAUCUUCUUCAAGUUGUACAAAUGAAGCCAUUAGAUUUGUUAGUCUUUAACCUACCAACUUUUCACUGGUAUCAGUGCUGUUUUAAAAUCUAGUUGAGAAAUAAAAAUGUCUUUACACUAAGUGUACUGACAAGUUUUGUUUUUUAAUA